AUGACGGGGCACACCGACGCAGACACCCCGGAAAGAGGAGCCGUCUUCACGUUCGGAAAGAGCAGCUUCGCUGACAAUCUGCCCACCAGAUUCUGGCUGAGGAAUGACCACCCGGUGGACGUCUGCUGUGGAGGGGAGCACUCCGCACUGGGACUCCGAUUAAAGCCACCUGCCAAUAAACCUGCUUCUGUGAAAGCCCUGAAAUCUGAGAGGGUGAAGCUUGUGGCCUGUGGAAGAGAUCACACAAUAGUCUGCACAUAUAAAGGCAGCGUGUACGGUGCCGGCUGUAACCGGGAGGGCCAGCUGGGUCUGGGCCACUGCCAGACCGCCCGGUCCUUCCAGCCCCUGGAGGCCUUCAGUGGGGGCGCGGCCAUCAGGAUGCUCUCUGCGGGACGCAACACCUCAGCUGCCCUAACAGAGGAUGGAAGGCUGUUCAUGUGGGGAGAUAACUCUGUCGGUCAGAUCGGUUUGGGGGACCAGAUGUUCUCAAUGGAACCCCGAGAGGUGAAAGUGGGCGAGGCGGUGACCUGGGUCUCCUGUGGAAGUCGGCACUCGGCUUUAGUCACGGUCCAGGGGCACCUGUACACGUUUGGAGAGAGUGACUACGGAAGACUGGGCCUCCAGGUGGUGCAGCUGGCCAAUCACAGAGUCCCUCAGCAGGUGCACGGCAUUCUGGGUGGUGUCACUCAGGUGUGCUGUGGAGGGCAGCACACGGUAGCAGUCACCGGAGAAGACGUUUACACCUUCGGCAGGGGGCAGCACGGUCAGCUGGGCCAUGGAACGUUUGUGUUUGAAGUCCAUUUGCCCAAACCGCUGGAGCACUUUCAUAACAGCAGUAUCCAACACGUCGCCUGUGGAGAAAACCACACUGCUGUGAUCACAAAGACCGGGCUGCUCUACACGUUUGGUGAUGGCCGUUACGGCAAGCUGGGUUUAGGGGAGGAAAACUUCUCGAACCAGUUCAGUCCGACUCUUUGCAAACGUUUCCUCCAGUACAGUGUUCAGGCUGUGUCCUGCGGUGGUCAUCACAUGCUGGUUCUGGCUGCUCCCAGACCACCAGAGAGCCAAGAUGUGCUAGACAAGGUUGUCGGAAUCACAGAUUACAAUUUUGAGUCAAAUCACGCAGAAACGCUUUUAAUAGACUCGCUUAUUGAUCCAGCUUCAGUUGUCCCGCUUUCUGCUCUUGCUGCUCGAGCCCGCCACCGAGAAAGAAGGAGUUCUAUAGAGCUGUUUGGGAAAGUGUGCUAUAGCCUCCCUCAUCUUAAUUCUGGCUUCCUUGAUGCGUCGUUGAACACGUCUAGAAAUAUCCAGACCGUGAAAACGCCCUCAAAGGAUGAUGCUACCCCAACAUCAACUCCAAACCUGCAAUCAGAGGGAAGAACGAGUCCCUUUUCUUUUUCUAGGUCCCAGUCCAUCUCGCCCCAGAGUCCAACUUUGUCCUCUAUGCCUUCAAGCCCACGUUCACAGUCAUCAUACACACAUCGGAGCAGAGCCUCCACCUCUCCUUCCUCUAAAUCCAAAUCGAAAGAACUGCCUUCCCCUUUACUUUCACCUAAAUCCAUAGCUAAAUCCUACCCCCGCUUUCCUGCCUCUGCUGGAAAGACAGGAAAGAAACGAGCUUACCGAACAGCAACCCCUGAAAAAGCCUUGAGUGACAAACUCUCUCCUCUACCUCCUAAAGAGCCCUGCAGCCCAGCUAGACCCCCCAUUCAUGUUUUUAAUCAAGAUCACAGUGAGGAGGAGCAACCAACCUCACUAAGAACAGACAUAGAUGCGUUCAGAAGACAACUGGUCUCUCGAGAUGUGGAAGAACAAGGAGCUGAUUCCGACUUUUUGCCAUACACGGGAAAGAAAAGUGCCAGAGCGCUUAGAACAUCUGCAAAAAGGCCAGAGUCUCAUGCAGAAGCCAAGGAGGAGACAGAACAAAGUUCACAUAAAGCCUUACCGACAGAGCUUCUGACAGGCUCCAGCUCUAUUAAGUCUAAACGCAAAACGAAGGGAAAGCCAGCGCAGAAGACGACUGAAGCUGUCGGCAUGCACGACGCACCUCCAGAUGUGUUACGUGACGCCAUUUCCUCACAAGCCCCGAAGACAAUGGAAGUGCUCCCUGUGGAAAGGGUUAAAUCCCUGCAGGGGGCGGAACUUGCCAGCGCCUCCGAGGCAGAGAGUGUGGAAACCCAGGCCCUGACGGGGGGAAAACCACGUUGGGAAGAAGUUUUAAGCAAAACAGCGUCUCUUAUUCCAGCUGCUGGGGUGGCAGGUGCAGCUCUUGGGCUUUUCGGCGAGGCAGUGAGCAGUUAUGGGGGUUUCCAGUCCGACAGUGACAAAAACCUGUGGACGGGCCAGCCUGCUUUUGGAGAAUCCUCCCUUGUUUCUGAAGCAAGAGGCGGGCCUUUGGAAAGCAGGAAUGCAGUUUGGAAGUUUUCCUGCGCACUCUUCCCUCGCACGUUUCGCAGCGUCCGUCCCGCUAUGGACAUGCGGCCCCUGGUGCUCCUGCUGGCCCAGCUCUGCCUCUGCUCCGGAUACGAAGGGUCAGGACAUUACAUCUAUGGAGACGAUGAAGACGGGUAUUCUCGUAGAUAUAAAGGAACCCCAUGGUGUGCACCUAUUAAGGUGAAACAUGGUGAUGUGAGCUGUCGCACGCCCAGAGGGGAGACCUACAGGAACGUUAUGGGGACACGCUGUAAAAUCCGCUGCAAGCAGGGUUACGAGGUCCAAAGCACAGAGGUGGUGUGUAUGGCGAGCAAACAUUGGUCUUCCAACUAUGCCUGCAGAGAGAUCCGCUGUCCAAAGCUAGACAUGCCCAUUAACGGAGGACACAAAUGCUCAGAUGGAUCCUACUUCAACUCUCGGUGUGAGUUCUUCUGCUCCCCUGGAUUCUCUCUGAAAGGGCAAAAGACAGCGACCUGCCAGCACAGCAAGGUUUGGAGUGCCGCAGUGCCCACGUGUGUUGAUAUUGAUCUACCGAAAAUCAAGUGUCCCAAUGUGAAGGAUAAGUGGGCUGAACCGGGAAAGCUGACAGCGAGGGUGACGUGGGACACACCAGAGGGUGUCGACACUGCUGACGGCAUCCUCACAGAUGUUAUCCUGAAAGGAAAGCCGUCCAAAUCCGACUUCCCAGAGGGGCUCCAUAAGAUGUCGUACACUGUGUUUGACCGGGCCGGGAACAAAGGGUCUUGCCGCUUUACUGUCAGAGUGCGAGUGCGCCGCUGCAGCCCGCUGUUCCCCCCGGACAACGGGUACAUGACGUGCGACGGGGAUGCCGACAACUACGGUGCCACUUGCCAGUUCUCCUGUCAGGGCGGUUUCGAGCUGCAGGGCAGCGCUGCCAGAGUUUGUCAGUACGGACUCACCUGGUCUGGUUCAGACACAACCUGUGCACCCAUGAACAUCAACGUGGGAGUGCGCACGGCAGCUGGGCUGCUGGACCAGUUCUACGAGAAGCGACGGCUCCUCAUCAUCUCCGCGCCGACGGCUGCCAAUCACAAUUACCGCUUCCAGAUGACUAACCUACAGCAUGCUCAGUGUGGACUGGACCUGAGGCAUGUGACAGUUAUUGAGCUGGUGGGGACUUACCCGGCACAAAUCGGUCGAAUCAGGCACAGGCCGCUCACCCCGAUGCUGGCGCUGCAGCUCAGGCUGCAGCUCCGGAUUCCUCAGAGGUCUUUCCAAAUGGUUUUGGUAGACAAGCAGGGCGUGGACAAGCAGAGGUACCCUUUCCCCAUCACAGCGGCCGAGUUAUUCACCACCAUCGACACGUUCCCAAUCCGUAAGGAUGAGAUGGUGUUACAGCAGCAGGCGGGCCAGACGUGUCAGUCAUAACCAGACCCUCAGCCUCUCGGUGCACCUCCACGGACUGUCAACCAUCUUUGAUGCUUUUUCUUGCUCACCACGGUAAAAGAAACCAGCUCAGAUCGUCUGUUUUCACCUACAUGUCACACAUUCUACCUGAACUCAUUACCUGCAUCACGCGUGCGCGUCCUCAGAGGUGUGGAUGUCAGUAAUGGCGCAGAUCAGAGGCUGAUCACGCAGUACCAUACAGUCACAUUGAUUCUGUGUCUGUCUGAAUGUCUUUUUUUUAUAUUUUCAAAGCAGAAAUAUGUUUAACUAUUUUGUAUAAAAAGUCUGGAAAAGUUUGAGUCUUCCUUUUCUUUUGUAUUUAUGUCUGUGCUCUGUCUCAAUGAUGUAGCCAGUGUAUUCUGAAUUCACAAAAAACACUGAUUACAUGUGUGUAACGCCGAAGUUGCUUUUCACUGACUAUAUGUGGGUCUUUUGGUUUGCGUCCUGCUUCAUGUUGACUGAAUUUGUUUUGAUUGUUUCUCAUCUUUUUAGAAAGCACUUGGUUUUAUUCAGUUUACCUGAAAAUACUCCUCCGGCUUCUCUUUCAGUGCAAGCCGAUUAGAUUUUUGUUUUACAUCCUGUGAAAGCUCUUUUUUUCUGCCUUUGUAUGAUUCAUUGUGCUUUCUCUUCAGCUCCUUAUGUAAACUUUCAGGAUUAGCCAGUCAUAAACUAUUUCAGAGCAUUGAAUCACUGGUACUCAUUGAUGAUACUCAACACUAGUUAAUGAACAGCAAUUCUUCUUUUACUGAUCUUGUGUUUUAGGUUCUCCGUCAGUGAAGUGGAUCAUUUGGAAGAUAUAAGUUUGUUCUUUUGCUUUUCUUUAUUAGCACUAGCUCUCGCUUUUGCUAUCAAGUCAAAUUCAUCUGAUUUGCUCAUC